AGGAAGGGAGGCCGGGGGGCGCGGAGUCAGGGUGGCGCAGCAAGCGGCUGCAGGUGGCGGCGACGGCGGCGGGGGCCGCGGAGUGAGGUAGUGCGGACGCGGCGGGCGGGGCGCGGAGGCUCGCGGGACGGACUCACGCUGCAGCCUGGCCUACCGGCCCGGGGGCCGCGGAGCCCCCGCCGGGGAGAUGGACCUCAACCGGAUCAUCCAGGCGCUGAAGGGCACUAUCGACCCGAAGCUGCGGCUCGCGGCCGAGAGCGAGCUCAACCAGUCCUACAAGAUUAUCAAUUUUGCCCCCAGUUUACUUCGGAUUAUAGUCUCUGACCACGUGGAAUUUCCAGUACGGCAGGCAGCUGCCAUUUACUUGAAGAACAUGGUGACACAGUACUGGCCAGACCGAGAACCUCCCCCCGGAGAAGUAGUAUUUCCAUUCAACAUUCACGAAAACGAUCGCCAGCAAAUACGCGAUAACAUUGUGGAAGGAAUAAUCCGGUCCCCGGAUUUAGUCAGAGUCCAAUUAACCAUGUGUCUCCGUGCCAUCAUUAAAUACGACUUCCCUGGUCAAUGGCCUGUGGUAGUUGACAAGAUAGACUACUACUUGCGGUCCCAGAGCAGUGGGAGCUGGCUUGGCAGUUUACUGUGUCUGUAUCAGCUGGUGAAGACCUACGAAUAUAAGAAAGCAGAGGAAAGAGAGCCCCUUAUAGCAGCCAUGCAAGUAUUUCUGCCUCGAAUUCAGCAACAAAUCAUGCAGCUCCUUCCUGAUUCCUCACAUUAUUCUGUUUUACUGCAGAAACAGAUUCUGAAAAUCUUUUAUGCUCUUGUUCAGUACGCGUUGCCUCUUCAGCUGGUGAAUGGCCAAACCAUGACGGCGUGGAUGGAGGUCUUUCGAACUAUUAUUGACAGGACUGUUCCUCCUGAGACUCUGCAAAUUGAUGAGGACGAUAGACCAGAACUAGUCUGGUGGAAGUGUAAGAAGUGGGCACUGCACAUCGUAACACGUCUCUUUGAACGAUAUGGAAGCCCAGGAAAUGUCACGAAAGAAUACUUUGAAUUUUCUGAAUUCUUUUUGAAAACCUAUGCAGUGGGAAUUCAGCAGGUACUGCUAAAAAUUUUAGAUCAGUAUAGACAGAAAGAGUACAUAGCCCCCCGUAUUCUUCAGCAAGCAUUCAACUAUCUCAACCAAGGAAUUGUUCAUUCUGUGACCUGGAAGCACAUGAAGCCACACAUACAGAAUAUCUCUGAAGAUGUCAUUUUUUCUGUGAUGUGUUACAAAGACGAGGACGAAGAGCUGUGGCAAGAAGAUCCAUAUGAGUAUAUAAGGAUGAAAUUUGAUAUUUUUGAAGAUUAUGCUUCUCCCACCACUGCAGCCCAGGCUCUUUUAUAUAUUGCUGCAAAGAAAAGAAAAGAGGUGUUGCCAAAAAUGAUGUCAUUCUGUUAUCAAAUCCUAACAGACCCAAACUUUGACCCUAGGAAGAAAGAUGGAGCCCUGCAUGUGAUUGGUUCCCUGGCUGAUAUUUUACUGAAGAAGAGUUUGUUCAAGGACCAAAUGGAGUUGCUGCUGCAGAAUCAUGUAUUUCCAUUGUUAUUGUCUAACCUGGGAUAUCUUCGAGCUAGAUCCUGUUGGGUGCUUCAUGCGUUCAGUUCUUUGAAAUUCCAUAAUGAGCUGAACCUCAGGAGCGCCCUUGAACUAGCCAAGAAGAGCCUGAUUGAAGAUAAGGAGAUGCCUGUCAAGGUCGAAGCUGCGCUUGCUCUUCAGUCCUUAAUUUCUAACCAGACACAAGCUAAGGAAUAUAUGAAGCCGCACGUGAGGCCUAUUAUGCAGGAGCUCUUGCACAUUGUUAGAGAGACAGAAAAUGAUGAUGUUACUAAUGUUAUCCAGAAGAUGAUAUGUGAAUACAGUCAAGAAGUAGCCUCAAUUGCUGUUGAUAUGACCCAGCAUUUGGCUGAGAUAUUUGGCAAAGUUCUGCAAAGCGACGAAUAUGAGGAGAUUGAAGACAAAACUGUAAUGGCCAUGGGAAUUUUACAUACCAUUGAUACUGUCUUGACAGUUGUAGAAGAUCAUAAAGAGGUUAUGCAGCAGUUAGAGUCUAUCUGUCUACAGAUCAUUGAUCUUGUUUUGCAGAAACAUGUAAUUGGUGAGUACAGAGGCAGAGGCAAAGAAUUCUAUGAAGAAAUUCUUUCACUGGCAUAUAGUUUAACCUGCCAUGGCAUUUCUCCUCAGAUGUGGCAGCUUCUAGGUAUAUUAUAUGAGGUUUUUCAGCAGGAUUCUUUCGAAUACUUUACAGACAUGAUGCCUCUCCUGCAUAAUUAUGUGACAAUAGACACAAAUACUUUACUUUCAAAUCCAAAGCAUUUAGAAAUACUUUUUACAAUGUGUAGAAAGGUACUGUGUGGAGACGCAGGAGAAGAUGCAGAAUGUCAUGCAGCCAAACUUCUUGAGGUCAUCAUUCUUCAGUGCAAAGGAAAAGGAAUUGAUCAGUGCAUUCCACUCUUUGUUGAACUUGUUUUGGAGAGACUAACUCGAGGGGUGAAAACGAGUGAGCUCCGCACCAUGUGUCUCCAGGUCGCAAUCGCCGCCUUAUACUACAGCCCUGAGUUGCUCCUGCAUACUUUAGAGCGAAUUAGGUUGCCUCACAAUCCUGGACCCGUAACUGUUCAGUUUAUAAAUCAGUGGAUGAAUGAUACAGACUGUUUUCUUGGGCAUCAUGACCGGAAGAUGUGUAUAAUAGGACUGAGUAUCCUCUUGGAGUUGCAGAAUCGGCCUCCUGCAGUAGAUGCCGUGGUGGGGCAGAUUGUGCCCUCCAUUCUUUUCCUCUUCCUUGGCCUGAAGCAGGUCUGUGCUACUAGACAGUUGGUAAACCGGGAAGACCGCUCAAAAGCAGAGAAAGCUGAUACGGAGGAAAACGAGGAGCUCUCAAGUGACGAAGAUGAGACGAAUGUAACUGCUCAAGCGAUGCAGUCCAGUAGUGGAAGAGACCAAGAUGAGGAGGAAGACGAUGGCGACUGGGAUGAAGAAGUCCUGGAAGAAACGGCCCUUGAGGGAUUUAGUACUCCUCUUGACCUUGACAGCAGUGUGGAUGAAUAUCAGUUUUUUACACAAGCUCUGCUAACCGUGCAGAAUCGGGAUGCUGCCUGGUACCAGCUGUUGGUGGCCCCGCUCAGCGAGGAUCAGAGGACGGCGCUGCAGGAGGUGUACACGCUGGCCGAGCACCGGAGGACGGUGGCAGAGGCAAAGAAGAAGAUUGAGCAGCAAGGAGGCUUCACCUUUGAAAACAAAGGCGUCCUCUCUGCAUUUAACUUUGGGACUAUGCCCGGCAGCAACUGAGGGGGAGGCACCUCGGCCGACCACGUCGCGGGAACGUUGUGCUUCGCCAGGCGAAGGUGAGGGUCGGGGAGGCAAGGAGGGCGCUGCUUCCCGGCGGCUGUGCCAGCUGCCGCCUGGCAUCGGGCGACACUCUCAUCUGCUCCCCAUUCCCCUUGGACCUUUCUCACCCUGAAAUAAUAUACUUCAAGCAGCUACUGUAAAUGUAUGAAAUUAAAGGAAAAAAAAAAACCAUUGGACUGAAAAGGACAAACCAUAUUCUCCAAAGGAUGAAUGACCAAGGUGGUUUUAGAAGAUUGAAAUGAGUUGCACGUCUCAGGUUUUUGCCAUGCAGAAUCAAUGGAUUUAUGCGGAUAACAGUGCCUUCUGUUGUACAUGAAUUAUCUGAAAACAUUUUUUGGAGUGCAUUGCAAUUUUUUUUAAAGCAUAAAACAUAUUUCUAGAUAUAAUGUAAACCUUGGCUAUAUGUUGACUUAUCCUGCAUUUUACUAUGAAUUUACUGUUAGGCAACUAGUUAGCUACAAGCCACUCUGGCUUCAAAAACGUCAUUGAUCCGCUCUUUCACCCUGCCACUGGGGGCUUUCCUUAGGGGUUGUACAGUACACACUGGCUCUGGUUUUUCAUAAGAUCUUUGGUGGCUUUCCUAACAAGUAUCUUAUUCCCUCUUCCAUCAUAUUUUUCAGCCCUGAAAGGGGUGGUAUUUCUUUUGGAGUCAGCAAAUAUGAGUGUCAGUGUCAUUCAUAAUCUGAUCAGAACUCAAAAAUUUCUUGGUAGCAAGUGUCAGGGACUCUUUAGUCACUGGAAUUAACAAUAAGGCUGAGCAUACUCUGAAUCAUGUGCUUAAUUAUGCAAUUAAUUGAUAAUUAUACUAAAGCACAUUGAACUUCUAGGAGAACCGUGCUGAUAAGCACUCUGUCUUUCUGGGUGGGGAGGUGGCUUGCAUUUUCAAUAACUUAUCAUUCCAGCCGUGUUGGACCCGGGUCCAAAACAUUUUGUGACACUAUUUUGUAUCUAGGAAAAAGACCCAAACAGAUCUAACUUCUUGUUUUCUCACACAACUGAAUGUUCUCCUACCGGAUUCGUUCUAGUCUCCAUUAUAGCUCAGUUUGGCUUCAGAUGUUUUUCAAGUGUUGGGGAUUUUGGUCAGCUGCACUUAGAUGGUAGUGAUGUAAGGUAGCCUAUAGGAAAUGUUGCAGAUGAAAGUACAGCUGAUUUUCUGAAUGGAUUCAAAACCAGAACAUGGGUCACACAGUUUUCACACAGUAAAGUGAAAGUGCAUUUUCAGAACUUAAUAUUGUUAUGGAUGUGAUACAGUUUUCCAUUUUUGUGAAAUGUCUGCAGCUUAUAUUUCCCAUCAGUGACUGGAGUUUUCUCCAGGUGCUUCCAGACUUGCCGUCCCUUGUUAAUAUGAACUCUUUUUGGAAUGUCAGGUUAAGUAGUUUUUACAGAAGUAGCCUACAAAGCCAUGAAUUUUGGAGUUAAACGAUCCCCUGCUUCCCUCUGUCCCUCUCUUCCCAUGGCAUUGAUGCUGAAUGUGCCAACAGGCGGUUAGAAGAGAGAGAUGGCAUGGGGGGAAAUUUUAGGUAUCUUAAGCUUUGAGCCUCUUCUGAUUUUAUGUCCCAAAUGGUUUAAUCUUAACAUAAAUGAUAUAUAUGCCUUUACACUGGAUUGUAAAAGGCAUGUGAUCUUAUUUUUGUGAUGAAUUGUCUCUGCGGUAUUAAAGGGAAAGAAGUGUUCAUGGGUAUCAUCCUAUCUUGUUUUUGAAGCCAGGGUGUUUGUAUUUUGUUACCAGCAGUGCUAACCUGAAUGUGAUCUGGUUACCUUGGAAAUGCAGGAACUUACAGGAAUGUGCUGUAAAAUAAAAUGUGGACUGAUUCCCAGGA